AUGUCAAGUGGAUCAGUGAGACGGGUUUCCCGUCAAGAUAUUCAGCUGGUGCAAAAUCUCAUAGAACGAUGUCUUCAACUAUAUAUGAGCCAGAAAGAAGUGGUGGAAACACUACUAGCUCAAGCAAAAAUAGAGCCUGGUUUCACCGAACUAGUUUGGCAAAAGCUUGAAGAAGAAAAUGAGGAGUUCUUCAAGGCUUAUUAUGCAAGAUUGGUUUUGAAGCAGCAAAUAAUGCAAUUCAACAAAUUGCUGGACCAGCAAGUCCAAUUAAUGCAGUUACACUCAACUGCUGUUGCAUCACUGCCUACAACUAACGGGUCACAUAUCCCAGAAGUUUCAUCACUACCUAAUUCUAAUGGAUCACAUAUCCCUGCUAUACCUGAGAAUCCAGCAUGCUACACUGCAGACCGAACCCAAACAAGUUUGAAGCCAGAAAACAUGCAACAUCCUGUUGAUUCCAGAUUAUCUAAUGUGUUUAAUAAUGGCGGGUCAUCUCUACAUACAAGUAUGCAUGCUGCAGUUGAUAUGUCAACUCAUGGCAAUAGGAUUAAUGGCCCUCCCAGCAUGCUUUCUGCUCAAAGCGCAAACAUGGGUCUGAUACAAGGAAUGAAUGGUGGGAUGAUCAAAUCUGAACCGGGAUAUUCUGGUUGUUCUCCUUACAUGUUUGGUACUGAUGGAAAUGUCCUGGAGGCACGCCCAACUAUUGGUGGCAGUUCAGUUACGUCAUUCACUAAUGUGGAGUCCAACUCACAUUCACUGAACGAGGCAGUCCUAGAUCCAGACACUUCUUCAUUUGGAUUUCUGGGGCAGAUUCCCAGAAAUUUUAGCCUUUCAGAUCUGACUGCUGAUUUUUCUCAGAGUUCUGAUAUACUGGAGACCUAUUCUAGGUCACCCUUCCUAGCUACGGAUAAUGAGAACUUCCUUGACAGAGGAGAACAAGACAAUAAUAGGCUGGACUCCAUAUCAGAAGGCUUAAGUUAUGAAGACUUCGGGAGUGAAUAG